AUGGCUGCAGUGCCACCCAAACAUCUUUGCAUUCCGACUAUCAAGCCUUAUGCAGGAACUAUUGACCCGAUGGAUCACCUGGAUCUUUUUACUUCCCACAUGAUGGUGCAGGAUGCAUCCGAUGUGAUGUGGUGCAGAGUCUUCUUGGCCACAUUGGAAGGGAACGCGCGCACCUGGUAUUCAAAUCUGGCCCAUCACUUAAUAGCCAACUUUGCGCAGCUUCAGAGUAGCUUUCUGGCUCACUUUGCGCCUCUUCAGAGGCAUCGAAGGUCCACUAUGGCCCUCGUCAACCUAAAGCAGAAGCAAGGCGAAUCCUUGAAGGAUUUUGUCUCGAGACCAUUCACUCAGUCGUUGGCCAAAACUCCCCCGCUUAAGUUCACGGAUAUCUUGGGCCAGGCAACAAAGUAUAUUAAUGUUGAGGAGGUGAUGCAGGCGAAAAGAGCCAAAUACACUGAGAAGAAAGAGAAAAAGAAGCAUUCCGAAGAAAAUAAGAGUGAAGGUAGAAGGGAGGAUCGAAGUGAGAAGUGCCGCCCUCGGUGGGAAUCGAGUAGUUUCACUCCCCUGAAUGCUCCUAGGGCAGAGAUCCUUGUCACUAUUGAGGGAAAGGACUAUUUGAAGAAGCCAUUGCCCAUGUGGGCACAGUUCAAUAAGAGGAAUCGAAAUAAGUAUUGUCGCUUCCACCGAGAUUAUUGUCAUGAUAUAGAGGAAUGCCAUCAGUUGAAGGAGGAGAUCAAGGAGAUCCAGGAGCUCAUCAAUCGGGGUUUCCUCAAGAGUUUUAUGGCCAGGGAGGCGGAUCCCCGAAAGGGGCGAGAGCCUAGAUUGCACGGAAACGAAAACGGGAGACGUUUCUGA